UUUCUAUCUUGGGGAUCCUUUGAGAAGAAGUCCUUCGAUAGCAGGGUACGCCUUUAUUCUGCUCCGACUGUAUCCCUUGUCUGCUCUUUGUUCCUCACUCAACCUACCUCAGAAAUUUCUGGCACCUUAGCACUUUGACCGAUCGUAGGGAAGCUGCGAUCUCGUCGCAAUGUACAAUCCUUACCAGCCCCCUGGCCUCUAUGGCAGGCCCCUAGAGUACGGAGGGUAUCCCGGCGCGCCUCCAGGCAUGGCUCCUCCCCCCGGUAUGGUAGCGCCUGGAACCACCCCGCCCCCCGGGAUGCAGCCGGCAAACGCCCAGCAGCCUGGUCGACCUGCAGGUUUCCCUCCCAACUUCCAACCCCCUCCGAACAUGCCCAAUAUCAACUUCUCCGCCCCCGUCAUCCGACUAGGUACCUCUGGGCCCUCGAAGUCUGCUACUCCGGACACAAACAAGGAGCGUGGCGAGGCUCCGGGGAGGCGGCCCGGUCUGGGAUCAGCAAGCCUGGAGUCCCAGCGUCAAAACGUGCGAGAUGCGAUGAUGCAGCUGCAGCCCCCUACACGAGAGGAAAUUGUGCGGACCCUUUUUGUCGGUGGGAUAACUGAGGGUGUUGGUGGCGACGAGGGCGUGGAAAGGAUCCUCCGUUCAGCGGGCAAUCUUAGGCGUUGGAUCCGCGCUACGGACGCAGACGAUAAACCGUGCAAAUUUGGUUUUGCAGAGUACGAGGACCCCGAAAGUCUGGGUACUGCUGUUGAAGUGCUAAAGGACGUGCAAGUGCCUGUGAAGAGACAGACGCCGUCCGAGGGAGAUGAAAGGGAAGAGCGCGAGGUUGAGAAGAGCACACUUCUGGUUGUCGUUGAUGACAGCUCGUUGAACUACCUGGAGCAGUACGAAGCCAGCAGAGGUGAUCAAGACCCAGCCGAGCGCCAGGCCCGGCUAGAUGCUGCGCGCAGUACCCUUGCUAGCGUCCUAUCGGAUUUGUGUCAUCCUACUUCUCCCACUCAGAAAGAAGAAGCCUCGGCAAUUGAUCGCGAAGGAGAUACAACAAUGAAGGAUACGGAGGGCCAGACCGAUGGUACUGGGGCGGAGGUUGUCACCAUCCCCAUCACAGUCGAAGACGAACUUUCCGAUAUCCCUCCUGAAAUGAGAGAAACAGUCGCGAAGGAGAUCGCUGCCUUCCGUGAACGCAGCAAUCGCCGAGAUAUUGAACGUUUGAAGAGGGAGGAAGAAAUCGAGUCUAUGGAGAGAGCUCGCAAUGCCGGAUCGCGUAUCAGCCGACUGGCAUCUCCUCCGCCUUCCGCCCCUAGCGGACCUGCUGCUGGCGCUAAUGGAGUUCCUCUUGGCCCUCGGGACCGUACUGUGUCUACCGUGCCGUCUGGCCCCAAGGGAUUUGGGGUGCAGGUUCCCAAGGAUUAUCAGAAGGGCGUGUCUUUUGUCAACGGGGGCUCUAUCAACGGCGCUACUACUGCCUACAUAGAUCGCGAGGAAGAAGAGUCGGAUGCUAGCGACGAGGAGUUGGAACGUCGGCGUCAGGAGAAAAAGGAGGCGGAACUAGAAAAGCAAUUCCUCGAUCAAGAACGGCGCUGGCUGAACCGUGAACGAAGCCGAACUGCCGCUCUGGAGCGUGAGAAGAAGAGAGAUAAGGAAGAGGAGGCCAAGGUCCAGGAAGUACGCGACGAAAUGGAUAAGCGAUACGGAGAGUGGAACGACGACAAUGAGGCCAGCCGUAAGGUGGACGACUAUUAUGCUGAUCGCGGGGCAUGGCUUCGUAGUCGCGCGGCCUUCCGCGCCCGCGAGAUCAGCAUGGAUGAGGCGGAUCGUGCGGCGGAAGAACGCGAACGGGCCCGGUCUGUCCAGCAACGGGAGCAGGCUCGCGGUAUGGCAGACGACUUCCUUGCACGACAGGCAGAGGAGCUGGAGACCCGGAACCAGGCACCCAGAGAACCACAGCGCUUCAAGCUCUCUCUUGGGGCUGCCGCGCAAAAGGCUCAAGCUGCCACGACCCGUCGGACUGUUGCCGAGGUGGAAGGGCUGCUGGAGGACGAAGAAGAGCCCCAAGCCACGGCCAGACGGCCUCUUAUCCCGAUCAAGUUCGACAGCGCCGCCGAAGCCGCCGGUCUCUCAGACGAGGAGCGGGCACAAGCUGCCCGACAACUGGCUGCCGAGAUCCCUACCGACAAGGAUGGACUUUGGGGCUGGGAGGUCAAGUGGGAGUUUGUGGAUGAAACAGUGGUUAGCGACCAGCUCAAGCCGUUUGUCGAGAAGAAGAUUGUGGAAUACUUGGGCGUUCAAGAGCAGAUGCUGGUGGACGUGGUGGAAGAACAUGUUCGCAAACAUGGCCAUCCCCAGGAGCUUGUGGAACAGCUAGAGGAGGCACUAGACGAAGAGGCCGAGGUUCUGGUCCGCAAGCUGUGGAGGAUGAUCAUUUUCUUCUCGGAGAGCGAGAAGAGAGGACUUUCUGGGUAAAUGGUGUAUAUGUGCGAUCAGGCUCAGUGUCAAGGGAAGGUUAACCCGUCUCAAAGCAAUACGGACACAAUCUUCAUGCCCAUAUCUUCGAAGAAUCUGUACUCAACGCAAGCGAUAGUAACUGAAUUUGAUAUCCGCUCCUAGGAGCAAACUACAUGAUUGUG